UAGUGCUCGCUCCCUCUCUCUACUCCCCCUCACGCUCUCUCUGCUUCUCGCUCACUCGCUGCUAUACUGAGGAUGUUAAAUCAGAGAAUCCACUCGGGCAUGCUCUUAUUUCUGAUGUUUCUGUGCCACUUCAUGGAAGAUCACACAGUGGAGGGUAAGACCAGAUUGUUUAUUAGCAGAUACGUUUCUUUAUUAUUACUACUGUUUUCUCUCUUUCGGGCACGGUUUAGUUUGCUCGCGGUGUUAAACGCCUCUCUCCAAGGUCCAACAGAACAGAAGUUAACUGUGGGCAUGUGAUUGCUUUAUACCGAGGUGCAGAGGUGUCAUUUAGAUCCCUUUUUGAUCGGAUGUUCGCAUUGCUCUACACAGGCACAGAGGACAGAUAGGAUGUUUCUUGGUAUUUAUUCUUAUUAUACAGUAUGAAUGAAGAGCAGCAUCGCGAGGGAACUUUUCCAGUCUCGGCUUCCGAAUGACUGCUCAAAGUUUGCUGGUAAUUUAGCUCAGAUUUUUAUCUCGUCUGACGGACUGACUGAAGGAGAGGUGGUGAUGGAGAACCCCACGAUUACAGCUGACGUUUUUAGAAACCAAUAAGUGGUCAUUUUACUGACAUUCCUUUAAUAUUGGGAUUUUCUCCUCCUCCCUACUUUGUGUGUGUGUGUGUGUGUGUGUGUGUGUGUGUGUGUCUGAAUAAAUAUUAGCGUUGUAAAUUCUCCUGCACUGAAGAGAGUGCUUUAAUAAGUUGGUGGUUUGUUUUUUUCUUCACCGUGCGAACAAAACAAACCCGAAACUGAUACUGACAACUCUUAAGAGCCCUCUUUCGACACAAGAGAAUAUCGAUUUUUAGUUUUGGGGCUUUUCCACUUAUCUUGACUGUUCCAGCCACAACCUGGAUGUCUUGCCGUUGUUGUUUUAUAGUGUUUUCCUUUUAUUUUUUAUCUCUCCCCCUAUCGACAUAGAGCAUAAGUUAAUCUAAUGUAGGCAACUCUAAAACAAUUUUUUUUUAAGGGCGUUGUUUGUUCGAUGAUUUUUAGCGAGGGGGAGUCCUCCCCCGCGCCCAGCGACAUCUCGGCUGGUCGAUCCUGACCCCUCGCUGCGGUACAUUCCCAUCGGAGUAAGGAGACAGGAUCGAGCCCUGGCUAGAUUAGCAGCAGAAUCAAUUGGUAUUGAGUUGCUGGAGGAGUCACAUUGGCUAUUCACGAGAGACUCAUCCCAACCAAAAUGCUCCAGCUAAAAAGAGGGAGUUGCUUGGGCUAAUAUUCUUGGCUUGACUCCACAAAUAACAGGGAUACUGGGGGGGGGGGGGAGAAAAAGAAAAAAAUAACCCCAACAAAACCCACUCUAUCCCCUGUAAGAACAGUGUACUUUCCUCUAAAAUGCUUGCAGGAGAGGUGGCACUUAUAACUUUUCCAGCUUGAUCGAUUUUUAAAACUCUGUAUGGACCUCCUACUCAGAGUGUCCUUGUAUUUUAUGUACUUUGCUCACUUUUUUUUUUUUUUUUUUUUUUGGAACUCUGCUGACUUAUUUUAGUGAAGGAAAGACAUUUGUUAAUAGAAGCAGUAGAAUGUGGAGAUUUCGAAAGACUUCUCUAACAGCAAAUGUUCCCAAUUCGUGCAGAUUGCAAAAUGGGCUGGGACUUGAAACUGUGCGGCACUAAAACAAUGCUGCCGUGCAGCCGCGGUGAGGAGGAGAGGGCAGGGGGAGGAGGAAGGAAUUUGCAAGCGCGAUUUUCUUUUUAUUCCCUUUUAAAUGCACAUCCUUUUCAAGCCUCUGUCACGUGUCGACAGUGCUCCUUCUGCUCUACAUAUGGAAUAAAUACCUCGGAAAACUGUCUCGUCCUGUUUUGGUUGGGUCUUUUCUUUCUUUUAGUUUGUUUUGUUUUGCUUAGGGUUCUGGGGUGGGUUUUUUUGUGUUGGGGGUAUUUUUUUGUUUAUUUGCUCUUUUGUGGGUUUGGGGGAUUUUUUUUGUUUGGUUGUUUGGUGGUUUUCUUGGGGAGGGAGGGAUCAUCUGUUUGUUUGCUUUUUAAACUGCGCUUCCAAAUGGGCCGUAGUAGCUGCGGGUUAUGAACCGGACAAAUAAAAGGAAACAGUCUAGUAAAAGUCACGGCAAGGCGCACGUGCUGUGUCUGGGUCACUGGUGGCAGCCACUGAUCCGUCUGGGUGUCCCUCCCGCCCCCCGCCCCGCAGCUGGGAACUGCUGGCUCCGGCAGGCGCGGAACGGGCGCUGCCAGGUCCUCUACAAAACCGACCUCAGCAAGGAGGAGUGCUGCAAGAGCGGCCGCCUGACCACGUCCUGGACGGCGGAGGACGUCAACGACAACACGCUUUUUAAGUGGAUGAUUUUUAAUGGGGGAGCCCCAAACUGCAUCCCGUGCAAAGAAACAUGCGAGAAUGUGGACUGCGGACCCGGGAAGAAAUGUAAAAUGAAUAAGAAGAACAAACCUCGGUGUGUUUGUGCUCCGGAUUGCUCUAAUAUCACUUGGAAGGGCCCCGUGUGUGGCUUAGAUGGGAAAACCUACAGGAACGAGUGUGCCCUUCUCAAAGCCAGAUGUAAAGAACAGCCCGAACUUGAAGUCCAGUAUCAGGGCAAAUGCAAAAAGACCUGCAGGGAUGUUUUGUGCCCAGGCAGCUCCACGUGUGUGGUUGACCAAACCAACAAUGCCUACUGCGUUACAUGUAAUCGAAUUUGUCCAGAGCCUACCUCCCCUGAACAGUAUCUCUGUGGGAAUGACGGCAUAACUUACGCCAGUGCCUGCCACCUGAGGAAAGCCACCUGCUUGCUGGGUAGAUCCAUUGGAUUAGCCUACGAAGGAAAAUGCAUCAAAGCAAAAUCCUGUGAAGACAUUCAGUGCACUGCUGGGAAGAAAUGCCUGUGGGAUUUUAAGGUUGGUAGAGGUCGGUGUGCUCUCUGCGAUGAGCUCUGCCCCGAAAGCAAGUCAGAAGAGGCAGUCUGUGCCAGUGAUAACACAACUUACCCAAGCGAGUGUGCCAUGAAAGAGGCAGCCUGCUCAAUGGGUGUGCUUCUAGAAGUAAAGCACUCUGGAUCUUGCAACUCCAUUAAUGAAGACCCAGAAGAUGAAGAGGAAGAUGAAGACCAGGACUACAGCUUUCCUAUAUCUUCCAUUCUAGAGUGGUAAAACCUCCAUCACUAUUGAAACAGCCAUUGGGCACAAAAUCAAUGUCCAUACUGUAAAUAAGUGUAUGCUUAUUUAUUUUGGGGAGAAAAAAAAAAAAGUAUACAUAUAGUUGAGUCUCGUAGACAUUUAUUUAUACUGUGUCAUGUUUUAUAAUUUAUACAUAAAAUGUCUGGUUGACUGUACACCUUGUUUUUUGAAGAAAUUUAUUCGUUACGGGAAGAGCAGUGUUAUUUAUUGUGAGGUCUCCUGCUUGUAAAGUAAAGCUUUUCUUUUUCUUGUAAACUAUAACUAUUCCUUAGAGCCUACCCAUGUGAUCUCAUCUCUUUGUUUUACUGAUGUUAAAUUCCACUUUAACAAACUUGCAUGUCAGUUUCUGUUAUGUUUAUUUAUUGGAUUUUCUUCUUGCCGGUUCUGUACAUUAAAGAUCCCUGUGUUUUUGUUUACAAGGAAUCUUGACUGACCAAAAGGCAUUGUAACUGACUUAAGUAUACUUUCAGGGUGCAGUGGGGCGAAUUUUAAGGAAACUUCUUCCCCUUAAUUUUUCUCUGCUUCUGAUCACAUGUGCUGAAGUGAUCUCAAUGUAUUGAGAGUUUAUACAAAUUCCAUAUCCGAAGAUCUUGGAUUAUGAAAGUUGAUAACAGCUAUGGGGAUAACUGUAAUAAGGGUUUUAUUUUAUUUUUAUUGGUGGUUUUGUUUGUUUGUUUUUUGUUUUGGGUGUUUUUUUUUGUAACACGCAUAAGUGUUUUAUCAGGUGUUUCCUUUAAUAUGGUCUUGCAUUACCACUUUCAAAGUUUUCUUUUCCCAACCGGUGUGUUGCUAAAAGUUAUAUCAAAGCUUUAUCAGUUCAAGUUUCUUGCUUUUCAUAAUACUUUUUUUCUGAUGCAAUUUUAUAUUUUCAAACAUGGCGAGUUAAAUAUAAAUUCAUUUAAAUAUAUAGUUUUGUACUUUUCUACCAUGUAAAUGUGCAAUGUAUAUAAAAGUUAUAAUGUGUAUUUGUAAAUAAAUGAUGAGUGAAAAAAAUAAAAAGUGGAAUUUUCCCUACA